UUAUGACAGACAUGUGAUACCAAAACCACUGUACACCGUGAUAUCAUAUGUCUGUCACCCAGUAUCAAGGUGGUAUCACGCAAGCAUCUUAGUACCGUAUCAUGGUCUGCGGGCGUUGUACUGUACCAACGUACAGCAAAUGGAAGUGCCAUCAGCGCUUUUUCCAGCCAGUAGCGAAACCGUGAACUAAAAUUUUCCAUUCGUUUGACGUUUGUGAAAAGUAAACAUAAACAAAAAUCCAAAACAAUCUAGCACUAGCGAGAUCGUAAAUUACGAUUACGAUUAAAUUCAGUUUAAUUGUUUGAAAUCAGUUUAAUUAGCUUUAGUGCCGAAGAACAUGAGCUCCCAGAAGGUGACGAAAAAGAUCGAGAAGAUUAGUGAGAAAAAGCCAUUAAAAGUGCUAAGUUCCGAUGAAAUCAACAGAGUCAUCGAUGUGUGGAGUGAAAAUGUGGACGCCUUGCGCAAAACUUGCAAGAACUCACAUAUUUACUUAAAAAUGUGUGAGCAACUACGGAGCUAUGGCAUCCGUUUGACUCCAACCGAAUUGCGCAACCGAAUCCACAAUUUGUCCAGAAGAUACAGGGCCGAGAAAAACAAAAUGGGAGUGUCCGGAGGAACACGGUCAACCUGGACCUAUUUUGAGGCCCUCAAUUGUUUUUUGAAAAGCUUCAAGCAAAACAAUAUGACCGAAUUAAUGGACGAGAGCUUUGUUGCCGACUCGAAAGCAGCAUCCAAACAUCCGGAAGCCAUAGAAGAACCGGAAUGUAUGGAAUUUGCGGAAAGCAUGAGAGAUGAUCCGGAAGGCAUGAAAGAUCCGGAGAAUCCGGCAGAAAGCAUGGAUCUGCAAGAGAAGGAAGAUUUCGAAGGUGAACUCUUGGAUGAUGAUUCCGAAUAUUGUGUGCUGUACACACAGGUGUCCGAGCCAGAAUCUCCCCGGUCACCUUUGUCAACAAUUUCGCAGGAUUUUCUCAACAACGAUGAACCAGCCACGUCAUCAGCGGGACCGUCGAAAUCUCCAUCAACAUUCGGUGAACCAUCAGCUACUCCAUCAACUUCGAAGACACGAGCCAAAUUUGCUCCACCUAAACGCGGAAAAAAGAACAUUCAAGAACGAUUGUUGGAUUUGGCGGAGAAGGAGAAUGAGAAAUUUGAAACCUUCAUGUCAGAAAGCUUGGCAUAUGAUCAGCAAAUAAUUGAGCAGAUGAGACAGAAUAAUGAACUACUCAAGAAAGUUAUCGAAAAGAUGUAAUUUCAGGUUUAAAGACAGGUGUUCGAAAGAAAAUAGGUCGGAAGGACAAAAGGUCGAAACUUAAAUGCCUCAUUAAAAUUCUUCCUCAUUUCUUAAUAUGCUUUCAUCCUUUUGUACCUCUUUUUUUUGCUUUUUGACCUUUUGUCCUCUUGACGAUUUAUAUUUCUGCCGUUUGUUGUUUUGGCCUUUCGUGUAAUAUUCGUUAUUCGAUUUUGGUUAAUUCAAUCAUUCACAUUAUUUUUAAGUAUACUAUAAUGAUAAAAUCAUUAUAUUUCAAUAUGUAUUCAAACUAAAUCGUUCGCUGAAUAA